AUGCCUUUACAUCCAGUUUUCAAAGCAGGCAAUUCAGCCUUAAUAACCGGAGCAGCUUCAGGCAUAGGUCUCGCUGUCGCUAAGCUCUGCAAUAAACAUGGAAUGAAGGUCGCCCUCGUCGAUCGAAACGCUGAAGCUCUCUCUGAAGCACGCUUACAUUUCAACAAUGGCAUUGACACGCAGAUAUACGCUAUGGACGUCAGUAAAAUUGAUGAAUGGAGAGACUUACGAGUGAAAGUAGAAAUGAAUUUCGGACAGGUCAGCUUCGUCAUGCUGAAUGCUGGUAUUGGGCUCAAGAGCGGAUGGGAGGACACGGAAUACUUCCAUAAGAUAAUGGAUACAAACCUCUUCGGCGUCAUCAACGGCAUUUCCACCUUCCUCCCCUCCCUCCGCACACAAAGCCAGCCCAGCUCCAUCGUCAUCACCGGCUCGAAACAAGGCAUCACGAAUCCGCCUGGCAAUCCCGCUUACAACGCUUCCAAAGCUGCUAUCAAAAGCCUUGCCGAACAUCUUUCAUACGACUUGCGCGCUACGCCCACUUCCGUGCACUUGCUCGUUCCAGGGUGGACAUUUACAGGACUGACUGGAGGGGGUAAGACGAAGGAGAAGCCGGAGGGAGCAUGGGCUCCCGAGCAAGUUGCAGAUUACUUGCAGCAGAAAAUGGCGGAGGAGGUGUUCUAUGUGAUUUGUCCGGACAAUGAUGUAACGGUUGAGAAGGAUAGGAAAAGGAUGCUGUGGAGUGUUGGGGAUAUUGUUAAUGAGCGGCCGCCACUGAGUCGGUGGCGAGAGGGAUACAAGGAUGACGCAGAGGAGUGGAUGGCGAAGCAGAAGGUCUGA